AUGAAGACCAGCUUGUUCACGAAGGCCGCAGCGCCUGUCCGCUCCCUCGCACAUAGCAAGCUUGGGUGUCAUCGCCGCGAAAUUCAACAAUGCGUGAACAAACGAGCGCAGCUUCACACUGCUGCAAUACGCAUGAGCCCUCGCGCAACCUGUUCACGACCAAGGCACAGUGAUAUGCCCGCCGGUAAGCGAGCUUUCCAUAGCACCGGCUCCACGGCCCAAAAAGACCCUUACCAAGCUCUCGGCGUGAGCAAAUCCGCAUCUGCAUCAGAAAUCAAAAAGGCGUACUAUGGUCUAGCCAAGAAGUUCCACCCCGACACGAACAAGGACGCCAACGCAAAAGAGAAAUUCGCCGAAAUCCAAUCCGCGUACGAAAUCCUGUCCGAUCCGAAAAAGAAGGAGCAGUACGACCAGUUUGGUGCGGCUGGCUUCGACCCAAGCGGAGCCCCCGGAGGCGAUCCGUUUGGAGGUGCUGGCAACCCAUUCUCUGGUUUCGGAGCGCAAGGUGGUUUUGGUGGCGGGUUCAACUUUGAGGAUAUUUUUUCGGCCUUCACUGGCCAACAAGGUCCCUUUGGCGGCCGUCGAGGCGCACGUUCGAACCCGUUUCAGCAAGAAAUCCUGGUGGGCGACAAUAUCGAGGUGCAGGCCAGCAUAAGCUUCAUGGAGGCCGCAAAAGGCACCAGCAAAACUAUCAGCAUCACACCAUUGACGACGUGUGGAUCCUGCGCAGGCAGCGGUUUGAAAGCGGGUACGCAGCGUUCGCCUUGCAAAUCUUGCAACGGGACCGGAACGCGGUUACAUUUCAUGCAAGGCGGGUUCCAAAUGGCAUCCACGUGUGGGACUUGCGAUGGCACGGGUACGACGAUCCCCAAGGGUUCCGAGUGCCGAACCUGCUCCGGGAACGGUGUCGUGAGGGAACGAAAAACAAUCACCAUCGAUAUCCCCGCCGGUAUUGAAGACGGCAUGCGACUCCGGAUCGAUGGCGCUGGUGAUGCUCCAGCUACAGGACGGUCUAGCGAUCCCCAUGCCAGAACUCAACAAGGCGACCUGUACGUCUUUGUGCGUGUUGCCAAAGAUGCCAAAUUCAGUCGUGAAGGGUCAAACAUUCUCUACACCGCCAACAUUCCGCUCACCACGGCUCUACUGGGUGGCCAAGUUAGCAUCCCUACACUGGAUGGUUCUGUCAAGGUCAAAGUUGCCACUGGGACAAACACCGGUGACAAGAUGACUCUGACCGGCAUGGGCAUGAAGAGGCUAGGGGCGAGACGAGGAGGCUCCGGGGACCUUCGAGUUGAGUUCAAGGUCAACAUGCCCAAAUACCUCAGCGCCAAUCAGCGGACAAUAGUUGAGAUGCUCGCGGACGAGAUGGGUGACAAGACAGCCAGACGAGUCAUGAAUGUUUCGGCAUCACAAAACACCGCGCGAUCUGACCCGGGAACACAUAAGAAUGAGGGCUUCCUCAAGUCCAUGUGGCACACACUUACCAACCAUCCAGCUCAUGAAAAGGAAGAAGGACCCAAGGGAUCACCGACUAGUGAAGGCAAGGAAACCAAAAAAGAAAAGCCGAACGAGGAGCCCAAGAAGUCCGACUCCUCGUAA